UUUUGCUUAUCAAGUAAACUCUUCGAACUCAGUUGCUACUAACAUUAAAUGACUGUGAUAUGAUAUUAUUAUUUUUAAAGACUUAAAGUAUACAUUAAAAUGAGUAAUAUUUAUAUUCAAGAACCACCUGCGCUUGGCAAGGUGCUUUUAAAAACCACAGUUGGUGAUAUAGAUGUUGAAUUAUGGACGAAGGAAACGCCGAAAGCGUCACGGAAUUUUAUACAACUUUGUUUAGAGGGUUAUUACAAUGGUACGAUAUUUCACAGAGUAGUGCCAGGUUUUAUUGUGCAAGGCGGUGAUCCAAAUGGUAAUGGUACAGGAGGAGAAUCAGUGUAUGGUGAACCGUUUAAAGAUGAGUUCCAUUCUCGUCUCCGCUUCAACCGUCGAGGGUUGGUGGCGAUGGCAAAUGCAGGGAAAGAUGAUAACGGUUCACAAUUCUUCUUCACUCUAGCAUCUACUCCGGAACUACAAAACAAACAUACAAUAUUUGGAAAAGUUACUGGUGAUACAAUCUACAAUGUUCUUAAGUUGUCCGAAGGUCUAAUAGGCCCCGAUGAAAAACCUGAACAUCCCCACAAGAUAAUAAACACUCUAGUAUUAAUCAACCCUUUUACUGAUAUCGAACCGAGAGUGCAAGAGAAACCCCAGGAUCAAGAUGCGGACAAAUCUAAAAAGAAGAAGAAGGAGAGACAAGGGGUGAAAAAUUUCGGGCUUCUAUCAUUCGGAGAAGAAGCGGAGGAAGAUGAAGGGGAGGCCCAAGAGUUCAGAGGGAAACCGAAAUCGACGCACGAUCUUCUAGAAGAUCCUAAGUUAAGCAAGAAGACUGCUGCAGAAUUAGAAUUAGAAGAACAAAAUGAAAAAGAAGAACAAUCGAGCAAAGAAAACGAUCAGAAGAGAGAAGAAACAGCACAAGCAGUUAGUAAUAUACGGGAAAAGUUGAAGAAUAAAGAAACUGCACACGAAAAAGAGGGAAGCAGUGGGAGAAAGAGAGGGAAGAGUCCAGAAGACGAGGAAGAUAGUAAGAGAAGGAAAGAGAGCGACGACGAAGAGUAUUAUCUCGGGAAAGAGAAGGAUAUGGAGAGGGCGAAAGAGCGAGAUCGUAUAAGAAAUGAAAUAAAGAAACUCAGAAAGGAAAUGAGAGGCGCUAAAGAGGAACCGAAAGAUGAUAAAAAAGAAGAGCCCAGUGACAGUAAGAAGCUGGAAGAAGAAAACGAGAUGUAUAAAAAGUUUAUAGAGGAACAGGAAAAAUAUAAAAAGAUGAAAGAGAAGAUACCAAAGAAAGGAGCUGCUAGAAGCAGAACAAAGUUCACACGAAAAACUCCCAGAAAGAAAGUUUGGUCGAAGAAUCUUUACGAGAAUCAUGACUAUCCAGACAAUUACACGGACGGAAAAUUCCUAGAAGACCUAAGGAAGAAUUUGUUCGUUGAAAAAGUGACUUUAAAACAAGCUGUUCUAGGCUCGUUUCGGGUUGUACUAAGGCUAUGCUUGUGUGUGUUAUACGCCAUCUUGUUUGUGUACAUGCAUAAUAAAUGGAUUCACACACAUACAGUCAUUUAUCUAUCCAUAACGAUUGCGUGUGUGUGCUAUAUAUUGUACAUAUGUGUUGAAGGUGGGGCGUUUUUGAGGCAUUUUAAAAUAGUUCUUGUGUACUUAGUGAUAGGGUAUAUUUUGUCUCCUAUAUUACACACAUUGACAGAUACAGUAAGUACAGAUACGAUAUACGCUUGGGCGGUUAUAAUGAUGUUGAUACAUCUGAUGUUUUUUGAUUAUGACGUCCCGGCGGCGUUCGUAUCGAAAUCCUUAUCGAUAAACGCAGCGAUAUUCGCUUCAGUGUGUCUCGUGUCUCGAUUAUCGACGCCGUUCGACGCGUUCGUUCUUUUAACGAUAUCCGUUAUAUUUUUCGUACUUAGUCCGCAAUUGUUCCAAGCACUUCUGCGCACCAGAUUGUUCUUAGCGUUAUUUUUUGUAACGUUAACACUGACUGUAGUCUCCUUGUACGCGGUUUCGUUGAAUUUAAUGUGUUAUUUUUCAUUCUUUGUGUUGAUAUUGAGCGGUUACUGCCCCGUGAUGUUUGUGAAGUGGCAGAUAUAUAAAGAUAAUAUCUACGGACCGUGGGACGAAGCGAUAAUAAACAAUUCGAAUGAAUUCGACGAGUUCACAUAAUUAGAAUUAUUUUUAAUUAUGUUUUUAUGAAUCAGCUGUCGGUGACUGUGGGUCUGGGGUUUGG